CAGUAAGAAGAGGGCGGAGUAAAUAACAUUUCUUUACCUAGCUGUCGUCUUUACACAGCGAGAAACCGGUUUUAUUAAGCACGUUAACAGACAAUCAAAUGAAAUCUGUUUACGAUACGUACGUCUCUUACGUUUAACAGAUCUUGAUGUUCCUACUCAAACCACUCUUAAUAAUUCACCUUUCUCAGGGAGAUCGCGAACUGGUUUAAAGUGGGCGACAGAGUGCGGGGAAUCCAGAAGUGCAAACUGGAGAGUUUCAUAGACCACUUAAACCAACUGAAAAUUCAGAAGGGCAGGUCAGCAUACCUAAGUGCAUUGAGCUGUUAGACAGUAAGGAUAGUCUCUCUGACAGAACCUCUUAACAGAAUAUGGAAAAAACACAACAGUCCUCGGAGCCCAGUGAGAAAACUGAUGAUAAACACUCAAACUCUGCAAAGCAGGAUAUGGGUUCUGGUUCAGAUACAGAGGAGAAAGUCGACCAUGAGAGUCAACCAACACAUGAACAGGAUGACAGCACCAAAGUAUUGAAAAAGCGGUAUAACAAAGAGGGUGAGACACCUGGAGAAGAGGAAAAUCCUAAACAAAAAGGGCAGAAGAAACCCAUAAAUCCAUUUAUGCCUCAAGUUGCAGCAAAGAGUAAAACAAUGCAGAAGAAGAAGGAAAAUCAAUCUGAAGGCAGCGGCAAUGACUUUGCAGAGACUAAAGGCCAGAAGAAGACCCUCAUGGAAUGGCUGGAUGAGUUCCGUAUAAGUGAAAGUCAGAGGGAGGUUGAGGAGGAUCUUGAUGGCCUCAUGGAUUGGUGGAGCACUGUGGAAAAAUGGGAGGACACACCCAAAACUGAAAACAUGACAGAAAAAGAGGAAGCCAAGGCUUUUGCAGUAACCGCUGAGAAGGUCCAGAAGGGCAUACGUGUGUUUAACAAACUCUUCUCAGAGCGAGCAGAGGGACUGUGGCAGCACGUGAUUGACCUGCAUGCCAUUGCUGAUGGCUUAGACCGCUUCAACAAGAAGACCAAGAUCGCCCAGAUCACCGGUGGCUCCACCAGUGCUUUGGGAGGUGUUACCACCAUUACUGGCCUCGCCCUGGCACCUUUCACCAUGGGAAUCUCUCUGAUUGUUACUGCAGUUGGUCUGGGUGUUGCCAUGGCAGGAGGGCUCACCUCUGCCUCUGCUGGGAUAUCCAGUGCUGUCAACAACUCUUUGGAUCGCAAGAAAGUAGAGCACAUUGUGGAAGACUACCAGGAGAAGAUGGCUGACCUUAACAAAUGCAUGAAGUUCAUCAAGCAAGGGAUAACAAACCUACGCAAGUUCAACCUGAAUAAGAUGAAGAAGCAUGCGUACAAUCGAGACUUCCCUUGUUUUGACAAUAUCUAUGAGGACGGUGCCAUGGCAGGCAAAGCUAUUUUAAUCAAUGCCAAUGAGAUUAUGCGUGUGGUGCAGGUAGCCAAUGCUGCUGGAACCACCGCAGCACGAGCAGUGCAGAUCGCUAGUGUAUCCACCGGUGUUCUCACUGGGCUCUUUGUUGGGAUGGAUAUCUAUUUUGUGGCAAAAGACUCCCAUGAGCUGAAAAAAGGUGCAAAGUCUGAAUUUGCUGCAAAGAUUAGAGAGGUGGCAGACCAGCUACAUGAGGGUUUGGUGGAACUCAACAGCAUCCGAGAGGAGCUGCAGUCAAGCAACACUCCGAAAGAAAACCAAGUUUCAUCCUGAAAUACCUCUGAAACAAAACUCUCUAAAUACUCCUUUUAUUUAAAUGUGCAAUCUGUAAAAUUUGUGUUUAUGUUCUCUGACACAUAGUGGCAUAGAUGCAGCAUCACACCAAAAAAUUAUGAUGAACUUACUGAUGUCAUUGUAGAUGUAUAUAUAUUGAUUAAAGUUUAAACUGCACUGUUAUCUUGACUUUUUAUACAGCUGCCAGCACAAUGAAUUAGACAUGUUAUGUCAUGUCAGACAUGUGGUAACAUAACUAGAUUUUUAACUUUGUAUCCAGUGCUUGUUAAGGUGUAAUUGCUGCUUUUAUUAGGUCAAGACUCAAUGAACUAAUACCGUCUAUAUUGGCCCGAAUACAUGGUAGCAGUUCAAGUGUAUUACUUUAUUAUCCCACCAUGGUAAAGGAGAUGGCUUUUUAAGUAUCUGACCUGUUUCUUUUUUUAUUUUUGUAAAUAAUUUUAAGUUAGUGUUUUUUAACAUCUGAUAAAGAAUAUCUCCAGAUGAUAGAUUUCAUUAAAUACAGGCUGCUUUGUGUUAUUUGACUAUUUAUUACAUUUAUAUUAAUAUUAAUUUGUCAUUAAAUGCUUUAUAGUAUUGUUUAUUUUUCACAUAUUAUUUGUGUAGGCCUACCUUAAGUGCAAAUGUUGGCCUUAUUGUUACCAUUGUUUGUCAUUGUUACAGUAGGCAAUAUAAAAGAUGUAUAAAAGAAUGUAUUAAAAGUAAUAUUGAGCAAAGUAAAAGCUGAUUGUUGAACUAUGUUGACAUUAUAACACAAUAAUAUGUCAUUUACAAUGUGGGAUUACCAAGAAUAUACAUCAAAAACAUUAGUUGUGAUGCAGCGCAACUAUAAUGCUCACAUAAUAA